UGUAAACAAGACAGGCAGGAAUUUCUAGUAACGUCAAUUAUACUUGUCACAAGAAAUAAAUUGAAGUAUUUAUUUCUUAAACAUAAAGAUGUCUAAGAGUAAAAAUAGUGUAAGCAACAACAAGGAAUAUAGCAGUGCAUCUUCGUACACAUCUUCAUCAUUAUCAUCGGAUGAAGAAGAGAUUGAUGCAAGAGAUUUAAAGCCAAUUAGAGAAUAUUUAUCUGAUCGUAAAAUAUUAGCUAGACAACUUUUUAAAUCUGUUAAGCCAGAAAAGAUUCGUCUCAUGUUACCACAAGUUCUUAAACACAUGGAUUUAAAUGAACUUGAAGAAUGGUGUGAAAGUGAAUUAAAUGGUAUGUCUAAAGCUCGAAUAUUAUCUAUAUUAAAUGGCAAUCCUAUGUUGGAAUCUUCAGAUAUAAGUGAAGAUUCUAAUGAUUCAGGUCCUUCCUUAGAAAUUAUUUCUGAUACUGAGGAAUGGUUAACCGAUGAUGAUACAUCUACCAAGGAGAAUGGUGCAAAAGGAAAAUUAAAGAAAGAUAAAACAAAAAUUAAAGGAAAAGUUCAGAUUAAUAAAAAAAAUAAUAUAAAUAAGCCUAAUGUUAAAACAAAAUGUAACAUUAAAAUCGAAAGUACUGAUAAAACUGAAAACACUAAAAUUAAAAAGGAAGAUGAAAAAGAUAAAGGAAAAGAAGGAAACAGCUUGUUAGAUUUAUUAGAGCUAGAAAUGCGAGCUCGUGCAAUAAGAGCUUUAAUACGAAAAGAGGAAGAUAUAAUUCCUUCUAGCUCAUUACAAACAAAUGACAUUCUAGCGACAGAAAAUAACAUUGGGACAUCUGAAGAUGACAAAGCGAAAGAGAAUUGCCGCAAACAAUUAGAAAAAAUUAUUAAUUCUCAACAAAGUAUUAAAGGCGAAGAUGAAGAUGUUGUUUUAGUAAUUCCUAAUCCUGCUCCAGUUGUCGAAUUGUCUAGUGAUAGUGACAGAGAAGAAGCACAAGUAAAUGAAGAGUUGCAAAACGAUUGUGUGGCCGAAGCUGGAAAACCCGUAACCAAUUCAGGUAAUGUUGCCGAGAGACGGAAAAAGUCGAAGAAAAAGUCACGUGGAAAAUUACAACUUACUUCUACUAUUACAAACUCUCCAGAAUCAACACAGAAUAAUAUCACUGAGAUUAAUGAGGAACCAAGUAAUAAAGAUAUUAAGUCGAAGAAAAAGUCACGUGGAAAAUUACAACUUACUUCUACUAUUACAAACUCUCCAGAAUUAACAAAGAUUAAUAUCACUGAGAUUAAUGAGGAAUCAAGUAAUAAAGAUAUUAAGUCGAAAUUAAAUUCUUUUGACGAAAAUGAAAUUAUUAGCGAAGAAGGAAAUGAAACAAAACAGGAAUUAACAGAAGAAAACAAAGUCGAAGAAGAGAAAUCGACGGAUGUAGAUGAUAUUGAUUUAGAUGAUUACUGUGAAGUCAUGGAGAUAGACAAUAGCGAUGAAGAUAAAAGUCAAGAUGAAAUUAAUGUCUUUUCUCAGCAAAAAAAUGAGCAAUCUGUAUCCGAAACUAAUUUGUCAAAAUUAGUUUCGGAUUCAGCUGAGACUUGGACUUCACGUUAUUAUCAGACUGAUGACGUUCAAAAUGUAAUAAAAGAAUCGAAGAUACAAUCUGAGAUCCGGAAACGUUUGCGGGAACGUCAAAGAUUGUACAAACUGAAUAAAUCACCAAACUUAUCUGUACAGCCAUUGACGACUGAUGUAAUUGUUGCAUUUAAGAAAACUCCAACAGGAUCAGUGAAGGAAUAUUUAGCUUUGAAGCAUGCAAUGAGUACAAGUAAUAAUACUGCUAUGGAAGUACAGUGUUCUAGCAACAUGAAUAAUGAUGCUAUGCAAGAUAAUUCUGUAGUUACUAAUUCUAACAAUGAUAUUGAAACAAACGAAAUUUUAGAGCAAGAUGAAAAUAAUUCUUCCCAUCAAGAAUAUAUAGAUAAUAACGCACAAAAAGCUGAAACUUCCGAAGUUGUUAUUGCUAAACUAGCAGAAGUUCCUGAUACAAAUAACGAUGCAUAGUCUAAUUGAAUCUAUUCAAGUCUUUUUCAAUAUUAACAUAUAAAACAAUUGCAUUUUUUAACGAACAUUUUACAAAAAUUAU